CGAAACGCCACCGCGGGUCCCCAGCGCCGUGGCGGCCCGCUUUGCCAGUGACCCUGAUGGCGGCCCCGGCAGCGCUGGGGGAGGCCAGGAGGGCGAGCGGCUUCCCCGCUGAGGCGGUCCGGUGCGGCUGAUGGUGAUGUGAUAAAUAUAACCAAGCUCAUCUCUACCUAGGAGACAUUCUUCCCUGAGAAGCAAUCCACUUUUACUGGACAUGCUUACAGAAUUGCGUAGCCAUGGACCUCAAGGAGAAGUGUCAGGAUGAGAUGACCUCAAGUUUGGGCCUUACCACAAAGAAAGCCCUUAUGAUCUUGAGAGACGAGUUGACAACACUGCUGGAAGGACAUCAGAAGGAACGGAAAAAAGUGACUUCAUGGAAGGAGGCAUGGAGAAGCAGUUUUUUGUACCAUGGAAACCGUUGCUCCUGUUUCCACUGGCCUGGUGCAUCUCUGAUGCUUCUGGCAGUGGUGUUGCUGCUGUGUUGCUCUGGGAGCCAGCCACAGGGAAACCAAGGUGCUGAAAUAGUUAAUGCAUUGGCACUCUUCCUCCUUCUCCUCUUGGAUCUCUUCAUGAUUGGACGUCAAGAGAGGCUGAAGUGUAAAGAGGUGGAGAGAAGACUUCAGAUGAUCAUUGAUAAGAUAAAUGAUACACUUAGCAAAGAGGUGAAAUGGCCAGACUCCAUGUACCCUGACCUCCAUAUGCCUUAUGCCCCAUCCUGGUCCCUUCAUUGGGCAUACAGGGAUGGUCAACUUGUGAACCUGCCUGUAAGCCUGUUAGUAGAAGGAGAUGUCAUUGCUUUGAGGCCAGGACAGGAAUCAUUUGCUUCUCUGAGAGGAAUUAAGGAUGAUGAGCACAUAGUUCUGGAGCCAGGAGAUCUAUUUCCACCUUUCUCACCUCCACCCUCCCCAAGAGGAGAAGUGAAAAAGGGACCUCAGAACCCUCAGCUGUAUCGUCUGUUCCGUGUCUUGAAAACUCCAAUAAUUGAUAAUGUCAGGUGGUGUCUGGAAAUGGCAUUGUCACGUCCUGUGACAGCCCUGGAUAAUGAGCGAUUCACUGUACAGUCUGUGAUGUUGAAAUAUGCUGUCCCUAUUGUACUGGCUGGCUUCCUAAUCACCAAUGCUGUGCGCUUCAUUUUCAAAGCUCCUGGAAUUGCUUCUUGGCAGCAUACUCUUCUUCAGCUACAGGUGAAUGGAGUUCUGCCCAUCCUCCCGUUGCUUUUUCCUGUUCUGUGGAUUCUUGCAACAGCCUUUGGAGAAGCCAGAGUCUUGGCCCAGAUGAGUAAGGCCUCAUCCACCUCACUGCUUGCUAAGUUUUCAGAGGACACUCUCAGCAGCUACACAGAGAUGGUAUCUUCUCAGGAAAUGAUACGCUGUAUCUGGAGCCACUUCUUAUGUGUUUUAAAAGGCAAAUCUCCAACACUGAGCUUCACCUCCAGCUUGCUCCACAGUCUGGGAUCUGUCACUGUGCUCUGCUGUGUAGACAAGCAGGGGAUUCUCUCCUGGCCAAAUCCUAGCCCAGAGACUGUUCUGUUCUUCAGUGGGAAGGUGGAACCACAUCAUGAUAGCCAUGAAGAUCUGACUGAUGAGCUCUCUACACGGUCCUUCUGCCACCCUGAGGUGGACGAUGAGCCCCAUGAAAGAGAUGCUUUGCUCUCUGGCCCUUUGGCAGACACAGUCCAUGUGACUAAUGAGCAAGAGAGGAACAAUUGGUCUAGUGACCCUGCAAAGGCUCCCGAUGCCCAUGCCCACCGAAAGCCAAACAGUAGAAGCAAGCAUCCCUCUGGUUCCAAUGUGAGUUUUAGCAAGGACACAGAGGGUGGAGAAGAAGAACAUACUCAGAUUGCUGGUGACACUGAGGUGCUGGCUUGUGAGGCUGAAGACUUUGUAUGUGACUACCACCUUGAGAUGCUUAGCCUGUCCCAGGACCAACAGAACCCCUCUUGCAUCCAGUUUGAUGACUCCAACUGGCAGAUACACCUGAAUUCCCUCAAGCCUCUGGGUCUGAAUGUACUGCUCAAUCUCUGCAAUGCCACUGUGACAGAACGCCUGUGCCGAUUCUCUGACCAUCUCUGCAACAUAGCCCUCCAGGAAACUCACAACGCCGUGCUGCCUGUCCAUGUGCCCUGGGGCCUCUGUGAGCUUGCCAGGCUAAUAGGUUUCACACCAGGUGCCAAAGAUCUUUUCAAGCAGGAGAAUUAUUUGGCCUUGUACCGCUUGCCAAGUGAUGAGAUGGUUAAGGAGACAAUGCUGGGAAAGCUUUCAUCAAUCACCAAGAGAAGACCACCCUUGAGUCACAUGAUUAACCUGUUCGUGAAGGACACCACGACCAGUACUGAGCAGAUGUUUUCACAUGGGACAGCCGACAUCAUCCUUGAAGCCUGCACAGACUUUUGGGAUGGUACUGAUAUUUACCCCCUCUCUGGCUCUGACAGGAAGAAGGUGUUAGAUUUCUACCAGCGGGCCUGCCUCUCAGGGUACUGUUCAGCUUUUGCAUACAAGCCAAUGCAUUGUGCCUUGUCCUCCCAGCUCAAUGGCAAGUGCAUAGAACUGGUGCAGGUCCCUGGACAGAGCGCUAUCUUCACAUGCUGUGAUCUGCCUGGGACAACCCCCAUCAAACAGAGUAGUAGGAGGAACAGCUGGAGUUCAGAUGAAGGGAUUGGGGAAGUGAUGGAGAAGGAGGACUGUAUCCAGGCUCUGAGUGGACAGAUCUUCAUGGGAAUGGUCUCAUCUCAGUAUCAGGCCCGUCUAGACAUUGUCCGCCUUAUUGAUGGAUUGGUCAAUGCCUGCAUUCGUUUCGUCUACUUCUCCCUGGAAGAUGAACUCAAAAGCAAGGUGUUUGCAGAGAAGAUGGGUCUUGAGACUGGCUGGAAUUGUCACAUAUCUUUAACACCCAAUGGAGAUGUGCCUGGCUCUGAGAUCCCUCCUUCCAGUCCCAGCCAUGCUGGCUCCCUGCACGAUGACCUACAUCAGGUUUCUCGAGAUGAUGUGGAGGGGCUCCUGCUAAUGGAAGAGGAAGGGCAUUCAGAUCUCAUCAGCUUUCAGCCAACAGACAGCGACAUCCCAAGCUUCUUGGAAGACUGUAACAGGGCCAAACUUCCACGAGGGAUCCACCAGGUCAGACCUCACCUGCAAAACAUUGACAAUGUGCCUUUGCUGGUGCCCCUCUUCACAGACUGUACCCCAGAGACCAUGUGUGAGAUGAUUAAGAUCAUGCAGGAGUACGGGGAGGUGACUUGCUGUCUGGGAAGCUCUGCCAACCUGCGGAAUAGCUGCCUCUUCCUGCAAAGUGAUAUCAGUAUAGCACUGGAUCCUCUUUACCCAUCCCGCUGCUCCUGGGAGACCUUUGGCUAUGCCACCAGCACCACCAUGACUCAUGCCUCUGAUGAGCUCACCCCACUACAGCUCUCAGGACAGCUCAAUAGCCUGCCUUGUUCCAUGUCCUUCCGCCAAGAAGAGAGUACCAGCAUUAUAAGACUUAUAGAGCAGGCCCGGCAUGCAACUUAUGGGAUCCGCAAGUGUUUCCUCUUCCUGCUGCAGUGCCAGUUGACGUUGGUCGUCAUUCAGUUCCUGUCCUGCCUGGUACAGCUGCCUCCCAUCCUAAGUACCACAGAUAUUGUGUGGCUCUCUUGUUUCUGCUACCCACUGCUCAGCAUUUCACUCCUGGGCAAGCCUCCCCACAGCUCCAUCAUGACCAUGGCAACAGGAAAAAACUUGACUUCUAUUCCUAAGAAGACUCAGCACUACUUCCUGUUCUGCUUCCUGCUGAAAUUCAGCGUAACCAUCUGUUCCUGCCUCAUCUGCUUCGGUUUCACACUGCAUGAGUCCUGCAAAGAGGUGAACACUACCAGCCUCAAUCUCACAGCCUGCCCCUCCAUUAUGCUGCACAGCAAUGCACAUGGUGCUCCUGACUGGUUUGGGACAUUUUCCAAUGUUCUUCUUGUAGCCCAGAAGCUCACAGCUGGCCUGAUUGUUUUACACACAGUUUUCAUAUCCAUCACCCAUGUCCAUCGGACUAAGCCCUUGUGGAAGAAGAGCCCCCUCUCCAACUGGUGGUGGACGCUCACUGUGGCUAUUGUAUUAACGGGGCAAGUAGCACAGACCCUGCUGGACCUGAAGCUCUGGGAAAACCUCAGUUCUCCACUGACUUUUAAGUACAUUUCCAUCUCUCCAGUCUCAUGGCUCCUGGGUUUUCUUUCCUUGAUCCUGGUGGUUAUCAUCAAUGAGAUUGUCAAGCUGCAUGAAAUAAGGGUCCGGGUCCGUUACCAAAAGAGGCAGAAGUUGCAGUUUGAAACAAAGCUGGGGAUGAAUUCUCCAUUUUAAACGCUUUCAACCUGAAUUCCCUGGGGCCAGGGUCACACAGCAACAUCCUGCAAGGGGAGAGCAGCUGCUCACAGGCUCAGGAAGUUUCCUUACACAUACAAACCAGAUGGCCUCUGCAAAACUGCAUCAGAACCUUCCAGGGGAGGCUCAGGCAGGGCGCUUCUAUCGGGAUCCCCCAGUAGGUAUGCAGUCCUUCUCUGGCCUGCCAAGUUGCUCUCAAGGGAGCCUGCAAGCUCUGGUGGCUUUUCAGGCUACUGUUCCUUUAUUUAUUUAUUAGUAGAUGUUUUUGUUAGUAUAAUGGUGAUGCUGAAAUCAACUGACUCCUUCCUUCUGGGUUAGCAAAUGGUUUUUUUUGUUGUUUUGUUUGUUUGUUUGUUUUUUACCUGGUAGGAUAAUCUGGGACCAGAAGGGGAGCUACAGGGCUGCUAAGGCAAAAGAUUUCUAUUGAAACCCAUUUUUUUUCCUCUUCCUGCUUUCCUGGAUGAUGCAUGUGUGCAUGCCUGCGCAUGCCCUCAGCUACCUUCCUCAGCUAUCUCUCCUACUGCUCUUGAGAAUGUUGUGGGAAUGUGACCUCCAGCACUCACCUGACACAAAGGGAUACUGGGAAGGAACUCUGGCGCCAUGCUAGGAAAGCCCCCCAUAUGUCAUGGCCAGGACUGCCCUUUAGUGUUGUAGCUGCAUGCCAACUAUUAGUGCUUCAAGAGAUGAAUGGAACAGGGCUUUAAGAAAAGCUGUCUGAGUUUAUCCCUACUUCUGUGGAGCACAGGGAGUUAGGAGGACAACUCUGCCUACUUGCACAGCCCAGCUUCCUCCAGCCUAUUUGAACCAGCUCUUGUCUGCUUUAAUUGCCCUCAAACAGGUAGGUUUACAACUGCCCUCAUUUUUGUGAUUUGAAUGUUCUGCUUCAGCAAAAUGCCUGCUUGAGAGAGCCCCAGCAAUAUUUGCAGCUAGAGAUAAAACCUGAAACCUCCCUACCCCUGCCAUGGAGCAAGGGAGUUAUAUUUCCAUCUAUAUCUUGCAGCUGUGACUCCUUUCCCAGCCUGGAACUGUGCUGCACCCAUGGAAUAGGGGUUCCCUCCUCCCAGUCAUGCCUUUCUGUGGUAGUGCUUGGAAGUCUCUCCCCUCCGUGCUUCUCCCCACACAGCUAUACCCAUUUUUCUGAGACACCUUUCUUUGGCUGGGGGAAACAUUCCAGUGAUGGCUACUGCAAACCAUGAUGUGCCCCCAGUGCUGCACACACACUCCUGAGCUCUGAACAGACCCUAGCUGCACAGGGAACAGCGGUGCUGUUGUGGGCUAUGCAGGAGUACAUAGGCUUGCCUACCAUGAUAUUUACAGCUCGUGGAGAUGUUGACUCUCUUCCUAGUUCUAAAAACUGGUUAAACCUGACAAAUCCUGGCACUGUUUUUGCUUCCAAUAUUAACACUACAGUACACAGCUGCUGUUUCCCUUUGGUGUCCUAGGCUAACACAAGGCUGCUGAUCCUUCCCUGGCAGGCAGGGAGCUAGCUGGGAUACCCAGCCCUACCUGCUGCUCCACCUUGUCUUCCUUACAUUUCAACAAAAACAGGGAGAAUGCACAGUGCUUGUCAUUAAGCAAUACCCUUAUUGCUGUGGGUCUAGCAGGGGAGUUGGAGUACAGCCAGUCUUUGAGCUCUGAGGACAGAGUGAGGCUGCUGGAGGCACAGUACGGGUGUCAGGGGGCCUGGACCUUGUUCUGCAGCUGGAGAGGGGCUGCUCAAGGCUCUGUGCUGCUGGUUCUAUGGAAUAGAGAGCCAGUAGCUGAGUGGGGAAAGGCAAGGCUGCUCACCUGCAGUGCAGCAGUACUAGGUCAGCCUUUGCCAGGUGAGCUGACCUGAGCUGAGCUCUUCCUUCACUCCUUUUGAAUCUGCAGGGCUGCUUGGCUCAGAGAGAACGAGCUGCUUCUUUCAGUCUCACUUAACUCGCUAAGUGCAAGCUCCAGAUCACUGGCAACUGAGAAAUCAGCUGCUGUUUCUGAUGCUAGGCUGAUGCUGGCAAGUCGGGCACUAUCUUCUCCAUAGCCAUGUUGAGCUGCAGGCAGAGGCAGCACCGAGCUGCUCUAUGCUAUGCCUGCAGGGCAGCCUGCCACCCAGACCUUAGCUCUUGCUCCAUGCCACUGAACUUGUGGGCAACAAAAGGCAGCAGCUACCAGGACUUCCUGCUGGCUGCACCUUCCGCGAGAGGCGGUGCCUCCAAGGUUUCUUUCUGUGGGUGAUCACAAAAGUUAUUGUUCUGCAUCCUCCUUCCUGUGUUAGACUUGGGCAGAGCCAAGGCAUAUUAAGCAGGCCUUUGGGAUGGUCUGACAUUGGCAGUCCUCCCUCUGCCAUUGAGGCACCUGAGAACUAGAGUGAAUGGCUUCAGGAAGAAGUUUCCUACAUCAAGAUGUUUUUAAAUGGUGUAUAUUUUAUAUUAAAUUUUUGGGGGAUGUAUGUAAA